GCACCACAAAGCCUUUGUGCUUAGGGCACCAAAAUAGCUAGCAACAGCCCUGCAGAGGAGUUACAGGUAAAAAGCACGAGUCACUGCAGAAACAGAAAACUGUAAGUGACUUUUAGAUUCUUUUGGUUCCUGUGAACGUUGAACUUUUGUAAUCUUUAUCUCUGUGUUGCAGGGGCAUCCUGGAACUCCUGACAGAGACGGGAAGCCGUUUCAGGCGUAGCUACCAAUCCUCCUUCCUCUCUCACCUCCUUUUCACCCGUUGACCGCUCACGUUCCCACUCGUGCUUCUCGUCCAACAUCCAAGUCACCAUGACAACGUCUGCGCUGCGCCGGCAGGUGAAGAAUAUUGUGCACAACUACUCAGAAGCAGAAAUCAAGGUCCGCGAGGCCACGUCAAACGAUCCAUGGGGCCCGUCCUCGUCUCUCAUGUCAGAGAUCGCUGACCUGACCUUCAACGUGGUGGCGUUUGCUGAGGUCAUGGGCAUGGUGUGGAAACGCCUCAAUGACAGCGGCAAGAACUGGAGACAUGUUUACAAGGCUCUGACUCUGCUGGACUAUCUCCUGAAGACGGGAUCAGAGAGAGUGGCCCAACAGUGCCGUGAAAAUGCAUUCACCAUUCAGACGCUGCGGGACUUCCAGUACGUGGACCGCGACGGCAGAGACCAGGGGUCGAAUGUUCGAGAAAAAGCCCGGCAGCUGGUGUGUCUGCUGCGGGACGAGGACCGGCUCCGCCAGGAGAGGAGUCAGGCCCUGAAGACCAAGGAGCGAAUGGCUGGGGGAGGAACUGGCGGGAGCGGGGGAGUGUAUGGAGGUAUCCCCCCAUCCUACCACCCAGGCCGGCGCACGAGUCAACCCAGCAUGGCCGUGCUGUACGGUGAAGAGUUCAGCCGCUCCAGAGGGUCUCCGUCCUCCUUCAACUCCUCCGCCUCGUCUCCACGCGCCGCAUCAGACCUGGAGCAGGCUCGACCUCAGACCAGCGGCGAGGAGGAGCUGCAGCUCCAACUGGCCCUAGCCAUGAGCAGGGAGGAGAGUCAGAAGGAGCAGCGCUGUCGCCAAGGAGACGACUCACUGCUACAGAAGGCCCUGGAUGAGAGCCGCAGAGAGAGCCAGUCAGGGACGCACGAGUCGGCCAUGUUGGACCUGGUGGACAUAUUUGGACCCUCGUCUGGGUCUCAGCCUCCCCCCGGUGACCCUUGGCCCUCAGCUCAGCCCUCCUGUAACUCCACCUCCAACCCCUGGGACUCUGUAGCAGUCCAGUCCAGCACUCCUGUGAUUGGCAGCCCCUGGAUGGACCCUCCCUCCUCCUGCAACUCGUCCAAUCCCUGGGCUCCGUGUACAAACUCACACAGAGACCCCUGGGAGGCGGCACCCGUCCCGUCCACUCCUCCCAGUCAUGCCUGGGAUGGCCCAACAAAUGGAGAUGAUGGGACGGAUCCGUUUGCUGAACAGGAAGAGGAGAAGCUUCAGCAGGAAGUUCCCCGAGUGUCACCCCCCCAGUCUGCUAGUCCUACAGAUUCUGAGUUGUUUGGAGUCAAACCAGAAUCGGACUCCAAGUCGGAUCCAUUCCUAACAGAGCCCCCGGUGAAACCCUCGGAAAACGGGCGGGAAUCGGCCAGCCCGGAGAUGUUUGACCUGUCUCGGUUAGCGCCCCCCCUCAGCGCACCACCUGCACGUGUGUGUCGGACUCCGGAGGCUUUCCUCGGACCCACGGGGGCCUCGUUGGUCAAUUUAGACACUCUGAUACCUCCCAGACCUCCUAGCAAGACUCUAAAUAACCCAUUCCUCUCAGGUCUGAGUGCACCGUCUCCUACCAAUCCCUUCCACUGCGAUCAGCCGCGCCUCACGCUGAACCAAAUGCGGCCGUCCUCCACUUCUCCGCUGCCACCUCACAUGCUGUCCUACAGCCCAUCGUUGCCUCUCCCUCUGCUCCACCAGCCACCCAUCCUCCCCUCCUCCCUCACACAACCUCCUGCUGGACUCCUGGACCUCCCUUCCAACCUCCCGCAGCCCCUGCUCCCGCUUUCUCCUCGAUCGGCGCCUCGCGCUCAUCCUCAAACACACAGCCACAACCCUUUCCUCUGAGACCACCGCAUCUUCCAGCCGGUGCUCUGCAGAGAAAAGCCACUAAGCAGACUUUUUUCUGGCCGUCUGCAGUGAAACUAGUUGGAACGAGCCCAAACCGGAUCCUGUUCUGAUGUCAUUGUGUGACCUUAAAGUGGAUUGGAUACAUCUUUGUCUAAAGCUGCUAAACGACCUGAACUGAAGACAUAAGUUCACUCUCCUCUGCACAGAUACGAUUUCAGUUGUGUUUUCAGACGGGCCUCAGGAUGCAAACCAUGCAGGCAACACCACCCUACGUUCUCUUUGAAGCCACACGCUUUGAUUGUCCUCUAAGCUUUACCGGGAACCUGACUUGCUGCUUCACCGACAAAAGCAUGAAUGCCUCCUGACCCCGAGAAUCUAAUCAACUCUUUUCUUCCGAGCUCCUCAAAAUAAAUCCUUUUAGUCUGUUGAGUCUGAACUUCCUGUUCCUGGAGAAGGUCCAAAUCCAUGAGAUUGGGGGAGAAAAAAGCACAGAGAGCAACAUGAAAACUAGUUCCUACCUGAAAUAAAUGAUUAAACAUUUAAACUGCUUUGCCUUUUAAAAAGCUCGAGGGCAUGUGGUUCAGCGCCAGCUCAGCCUUUAGGGUCAGUAACUUCUGCAGGAUUUAGUUGAAUUCAACAGUGGAACAAGCCAGCAUCAGAGCCUUCCUACAGCUCCAUUUUAUUGUUUUUAGUUUCAGGUGAACCCCAGUCUGAUUCCUGCACCUACCUCUGUUGCUUACCCUACCCAUGCCACUGAGGAGGACCUCAGGAAGAGCCUGCUGUCCCUCCUUCAAUGAGAAUUUAAUGCAUCUGUCUUCACAAACCAAACUACAGAAACUUUAUUUGUCCAAAAAGGCUGGAAUGAGCCGAGCAGGUUAAAGGAACCACAGAAUCUGAGACAUUUCAGAUCAUGAAAUGCUUCAUUUCUGCACCAAAACUGGACAUGAAUGUAAAAUGCCUACCUAUAAACACACAGGCGAAGUAAAUAUGUAUUUAAUAGAAUUAUAUUGCUGUAUCAUGAAAUAUUAUGCCAAUAAAUUGCUGGUGUUUGCGUUUUAA